AGCUUUAGCUUCGCCCGUCCCGACGGCGUUUAAAGACCCAUGGCGCGCCUGGUGGCUCUCCUCCUCGCCGCUGCGGCGGGCACGGCCUUUGUUGCGCCUUUGGCGCGGCCUGCGGCGGUAGCACCAAAGGCAGCGGCGCGGGCGCGGGCGCCGGCGGGCUCCGCGGGCGCGUGGGGCGUGGGCACUCUGGGCUCGCUGGCGGUGUGCGCGGCAGUGGCGCGCAGGGCCGCCAUCACCGACAAGGUCUCGUUCGACAACAUCGCGCGGGAAUGGCGGUGCAAGUGGUCCGCGGACAAUGACAAGGCCUCCCUGGACGCGGCGCAGGAGGCGCUGGACUCAGUGCUGGCGGAGGUGAAGAAGGUGGACGGGGUUCAGAGCGUGCAGCGGGUGGUUUGCGGCGGCUGCCUUGACUUCAAGGUGGUGGUGAAGCUUCCCGCGGACAAGUUCGGCUCUUGGGAGGAAGCCAAGUUCGAGCCCGAGGAGUCCUUCUUGAAGCAGCUCAAGGGCAUCGAUGGCAUCUCCACCGUGGAGACUCAGACCUACACCCUGGAGGAGGUAUAGAGAGGAGACGUCGAGUGCUCUGGCCUUGCGAUGAGUUGUUGCACAAAGACAGAGCAAUUGUCUACAGGCUUCAGUUUCGACAGACCCUGUGUCAUUUUAGGGCACCGGCGACGGAUGGAG